AAAUUCUUCAAACGCUACUUCCGGUGCAGGUGCUUGACAACACUGUAAACUUUCUCUAUCUGAUAACGGUUUUUCUACUUUCACUUGUCAGUUGUCACUACCCAGAGACAAGAUGGCCAACGAAAAAUUAAUGAAGGGACAUAUUCUAGAUUUUGCGGCACAAAUGAAAAAGAUGGUGAAUUGCAAAGACCACAGUGACAUCAAAUUUUUGAUAGGACCCAACAGAAAACCAAUAUAUGCUCACAGAUGUAUUCUCUCUACUCGAUGUGCUGUGUUCAAGGCAAUGUUCAGUGACCAGGCACAGCGAGGGGAGGGGGCUCAGAAUGCCAAUGUACCAUUUGUACUGACUGACAUCUCACCAGAAAUUUUCACUGCCAUGAUGGAAUUUAUUUAUACAAAUUGUGUUACUCUCACACCAAAGAUUGCUAUUGACACCUUAGCUUCAGCCCUUGAAUAUGGCCUGGAUGAACUCAGAAAGUUAUGUGGGGAUUUCCUUAUUGACAAUCUAAGUGUACAGAAUGCUUGUGACUGUAUGCAGGCAGCUGUAACCUACAGCCAGCAAGAACUGAAGGAUCACACCCUAAGAUACAUUGAGGAGCACACUGAGAAUGUCUUCAAAUCAAAAGGAUUCCAAGAGCUGGGAGAAGAUGCAUUAAUAGAGAUCCUAAAGUCAGACGAGCUGAUGUUAGAUGAAUCUGACAUUAUUAAAUACAUCAAAGAAUGGGCCACUGUCAAUGCAGUUGUGCUGAACAAACCAAUGAGUGAAGUAGCCCGAAAGAUUGUCUGUCAUGUUCGCCUUGCUCUUCUAUCAGCAGAGGAACUAGAAAAAUCUGAAAAGGACAACAAAAAAGAUAAUUUAAUUCCUGUGGAUUGCUAUAGUGGAGCAUGGAAAUUCCAUGCCACCAAAAAGGGAGAUAAAUCUAAUCCACUGUUGGUCAAACGUAAGGGAACAACAGAACGUCCUCAUCAUCAAGCCCUGGAGUAGCUGUUGAAAUAUGAAAAAAAAAAUCAUCAGCGCCAACUUCCUGCAAAAAUUUAUUAUUAUCAUAGAAACAAAAUGUGAAAGUAACAAUUUUCGGACAUUCCAAUGCCCUGCUAAUAAUUGCUUAUCAAUUAUGAAACUUUGCUUUUUUGUAAAAGCGCAAGUACUAGUUAGUUGUGAUGUACAUGAUUGUGUAAUCAACUUGCAGUUGGUCCUUAAUUAUGAUAAACCAACCAAUGAUAUCCUAGAAUGAUACUUCAAGUUGAUGAUAAAAUGUUUUGUUUUGAGACGGUCUUUUGAAAUGAUUUUAAAUGUUACAAUUAAAGUAUACUUUUUUCUUUACUGUCAGGGUAUCUAAAAUAAAUGCUUUUAUCCUGACCAUUCCUGUUAUAAAAUUCUCAUUUGUUAACUUUUACAUGUAUAUCGAUUUUAGUUAAUUGUGUACCUGUUAUAUCAUUUUAUCGGUUUUGUAAA